GUUUUUCAAUCUCUAAUGUAGCCUAUUGCAUUUCCAAUCUGCACUUAUUUGUACAAUAGUUUUUAUAUCCGUACAUUCAUUUACGAAUGAUAUAUUUGGAGCUCAGUGACAUAAUAUGGAACUCAUGAAAGUGGAAUGUUGAAUUAUACUAUUUCUGCUACUGCUACAAUACUAAUGAUAACGAGUUCUUUCAUCCUGUUGCUAUGGCUGUCAACGUUCACUGCCAUCUCCUGCCUGCAAUUUCCUGACGAGGGUCGACAUCCCCCUUCCCCCGCAGCACUGGACUCAUCGGCGAGGGUGCUGACCACCCUUGCUGACCAGAACGCCGAAGAAGAAGCCCGAUUUUUCCAUCAGCACGGCAUCAACAAAAGGAAAAAGAAGAAGCUGAAACGGAGACUUCUCCAGUGCCUCCUCUCCAGUCACUUCCAGUCACACUCCAGGCAAGCUCCAGCUCCAGUCGACGCCGAGGGACGUUUCAUAUUCGUCAACCUCUACGACAUUGAUAUCAACUCAAACUCAAACUAUGAUGACAACAACUAUGAUAACUCGUACAACGACCACGAGCUAUGUGGGGGUGGAGGUGGAGGUCAUGACAGUAGCGAUGAUACACCGCUUGCUUCUCCAGUGAGCAACAGUCCGCCUUCCAAUAUUGUCAAGCCAGUUCAUGAAAAUCCGGAAAAAUUCAUAAGAAAGUAUGUGAUAAAGCCUUUGUACAGAACUUUCCGGCCGUUGUAUAGGCUGUUUUAGGUUAACGUGAUAACAUAUUCGUUUUUUGAGAAAAUAUUGGAGACUUUUUCACAAAUCAAAUGUUUCAUCAUUCAAAAGAGAUGCCUGGAUGCAUAAAUUAUUUUAAUUACUCUGCAGAAUAAGUGCCGGUAAUAAUAAGUGGACGAAUAUAGCCUUCAGCGAUUAGCGUCACUGAAUUGAUGUGAGAUUGGAAAGAUACCGUAUUGAAAAGAAACAAUAAUUAUUGUUAGUAAUUAUAGUCAGUGCAAAAUGAGCGCCCCUGGUGUUUCAUAAUUUUUUUAUUAAUCUUAAUACAUUUUCCUGAUUAAAUUCUUUGAUAGUUGAUACGAGAACGGUAUUUAGAUGAAAACGGUACUGUAGGGGUCACGAAAUGUGUGCGCAGUGGCCAGCCAGCUAGAUUGCGUCAUCGCCACCAACCGAGGUUUUUAGCACCUAUUGGCAAUCUAUGAAACUUAUUUGUGAAAAACAGAUGAUUGGAUAUAAAAUGACGUCAGCUACACUAGAAAUUUAGCACAAACAUGCGCGUGAGACCUACCGUCUUCUUCUAUAUGCCGUGGGUACUAGGUAGGCUAACCUUGAUGAGGCAAGAGAAAAUCAGGGUUUUCAUAUUUGGAAAUACAUCACCUUCUCAGAAUACUAGGCCUACCCAGACAGAUUCUAUCAUUCAAAUAAACUUCUUACACAUCAAUACAUCAAGUAAUGGUAAAAUAAUUCCGAGAUGCGAUUGUAAUCACAAUGAGAAUUUCAUAUUUAAUAUUUCUGUCUUUAUAUGGUCUGUUCAGAGAUUUUUGAGAAUCCUCAUCUUUACCUUGAAUUAAUCUAUUAGACUCAACUCACACUUACGCGACUCAAGUCGAGAAGAGACUGCGAAUCUAGUCUCUUCUCGACGCAGCAUGUGUUUUCAAAUGGUGACACUAAAACCAGUCGA